GUGUCUUCUCUUGAGUAAAGCUAAGAAAUUCAUUUUACAAAAAAGAAGGAAAGCUUUUCUCUCCUCAGACCUUAUCUCUUCUUCCUACUCCUUUGUUCAAACCCUAAAGUUUCGAUCUUUUAGCUUUUUGUCUGAAGCCAAGACCCUUAAAGCUUUGAUCUUUCUGAUUUUGUAUGAAGUUAAGACCCUUAAAGCUUUGAUCUUUCUGCUUCUGUCUGAAGUCAAGACCCUUAAAGCUUUGAUCUUUCUGCUUUUGUCUGAAACCAAGAGACCCUUAAAGCUUUGAUCUUUUUGCUUUUGUCUGAAGCCAAGAGACCCUUAAAGCUUUGAUCUUUCUACUUUUGUCUGAAGUUAAGACCCUUAAAGCUUUGAUCUUUUUGGCUUUUAUCAUAAGUUAAGACUCUUGAGAACGAAGUUUGUACAUCAACCAUGGAACCCGAGUCGUCAUCACCACCAAGAGUUCCGCCGGAGCCGGAUCCAGCGACGUUACUAGGUCUUGAACAUCGGGUUCCGAUGAUCGAUCAAGGUUCGAUAGAGCGGUUCAUCACUCAGGCUAGAGAGCAGGCUUUAGGGGUUAAGGAUAUCAAGCGUCGGUGGAAAGAGUACGCGGAGGCGUUUGCAAGGAUGGAGAAAACUGUAAGGGAACGUGGUAGAGAGGCUAAGAUGAAAGAAGAGGAGUCUGAGAUUAAGCGGUCUCUGGAAGGGGAUGUGAUUAGAUUGGUUCUUGAGAUGCAGAUGGAAGAAGUGGUUGCUGAGGUUAAGGAAUCGAUGGCAAAUAAAGGCGAAGAGAUGAAGAGAGAGGUUCAAGCGAAGAAAGAGGAGCUUGAAGCAAAGGAGAAGGAGCUUGGCUUGACCAUCACGGAGAAGUUUAAUGAGAUAAAGAAGAAGGAAGAGGAGUUUGAGCUGAAACGAGAUGAAGAAGCAAGAGAUAUUGAAGUGCAGCGGCAGACUCUAGAGGUCAAAGAGAAGAGUUGUGAAGAGCUGAUGAGAGAGCUUGAACUGAAAAAAGAUGAACUUGAAGAGAGCCACAAGGAGCUUAGCUUGACUAUGUCAGAGAAGUCUAAUGAGAUAAAGAAGAAAGAAGAAGAGUUUCAAGUGAAAAGAGAUGCUGAAGCUAGCGAAAUUAAAGAGAAGCGCAAGUCUCUAGAGGUGAAGGAGAAGAACUUUGAAGAGCUGAUGAGAGAGCUUGAAGUGAGAAAGCAAGAGCUUGAAGAGAGGGAGAAGGAGCUGAGGUUGAAUGAUGAAAGCAUCAAAGAGAAAGCUAGUGAGGUGGAGAAGAGGAAACAGGAAGCUGAAGCCAAGGAGAUGGAAGUGAAGAUGAACUCUCUAAAGGUCAAGGAGAAGAGCUUUGAAGAGAUGAUGAGAGAGUUUGACUUUGAAGUGAGAAAGCAAGAGCUUGAAGCGAGGCAUAAAGAGCUGAGAUUGUUUGGUGACACCAUCACUGAGAAGUCUAAUGAGAUAAAGAAGAAGGAAGAGGAGUUUGAGCUGAAACGAGAUGCAGAGGCAAGAGACAUUGAUGUGAAGCGCCAGUCUCUAGAGGUCAAAGAGAAGAGGUCUAAAGAGCUGAUGAGAGAGCUUCAAGUGAGAAAACAGGAACUUGAAGAGAGGCACAAGGAGCUUAGCUUGACUAUCACAGAGAAGUCUAAUGAGCUAAAGAAGAAAGAAGAAGAGUUUCAAGUGAAAAGAGAUGCUGAAGCUAGCGAAAUUGAAGAGAAGCGCAAGUCUCUAGAGGUGAAGGAGAAGAACUUGGAAGCGCAAAUGAGAGAGCUUGAAGCAAGACAGAAAGAGAUGAGCUUGGGUGAUGAAACCAUCAAAGGGAAAGCUAAUGAGAUGGAAAAGAGGAACGAGAAACAAGAAGCUGAAGCCAAGGAGAUCGAAGUAAAGAUGAACUCUCUAGAGGUGAAGGAGAAGAACUUUGAAGAGAAAAUAAGAGAGCUUGAAGAAAGGCAGAAAGAGCAUGAUGAAAUCAUCAAAGGGAAAGUUACUGAGCUGGAGAAGAAGACACUGAAACAAGAAGCUGAAGCCAAGGAGAUUGAAGUGAAGAUAAACUCUCUAGAGGUCAAGGAGAAGCAACUUGAAGAAAGAGAGAAACUGCUUGAACUGAAGGAGAAAGAAUUGGCUAACCGAUCAAACCAAUCAAAGAGUAGAAAGAGAUGCAGGGAUGAAUUUGAGCCUUCAUUUCUGGCUGAUCCUGCAUCUGCAUCUGCAUCUACAAGUCGAGCAAAGCGAAGAGAAACUCACAAAGUUGCCUGCAUUGAUGAUGGAACUGAUGAGGAUCCCGAAACAUACUGUUGUCCUGAUGCAGACUUCAACAAUUUCAACACCACCAUGAGCUCUUUCGCUGUGGGGCAGAUAUGGGCUCUCUAUGAUCCUUUGGAUCACAUGCCUCGUUACUAUGCUCGUAUCCGGAAAAUCAUGGAACCUAAGCUGAGAGUUGGAGUGAGAUGGCUCGAGCCAAAGCAAACCGCAGCAUGGAACAAGAAACCAGCUCCCAUCGCUUGUGGUGAAUUCAAAUACGGAAAGAAAACCACAAGCAAACACCUGAUGUUCUCACACGAGAUGCAUCACGUCAGGAAGAAGAAGAAGAGCAUCACCAUAAACCCGAGGAAAGGGGAGACAUGGGCUCUAUUCAGUGGCUGGAGCCGUGACAACAGGAAGCAGCAAAAGCCUCCCUACAAAUACGACUUCGUCCGAGUCGUGUCCGAUGAUUUGGACAGCGAUGAUGGCAUUGGAGUUGCUUACCUAGCGAGAGUGGAAGGGUACACAUCGGUGUACAAGCUCGGUGAGCAACAUGGAGUCUUGCAGAUGAUCAUAAGCUCUGAUGAGAUGCUUAGGUUUUCUCAUAGGGUCCCUUCUUUUGAGUUGACUGGAGAUGAGAGGAAAGGUGUCCCUGCUGGCUCUUUCGAGCUUGACCCUGCUGCUAUCCCUAAAGAUUGUCUUAAAGUGUUGAAGGUUAAACAAGAGGGAGUUUAACUUCCACUGCAAGU